AUGCAGACGAUCAAGAACACCGUCGCCGAGAACUUGGGCGGCCGAGCCGCAGAGCUGGGAUCCCAUCAAUUCAAACUGGAUGACUGCCCAGACCUCUCCGGGAAAGUGGCCGUGAUCACCGGGGGCAGUGAGGGCAUCGGCUUCGGGGUGGCCUACACCCUGCUAAAGCACAACAUCUCCAAGAUAUACAUUCUCUCCGUUUCCAAGGAAGUCGUCGAGGGCGCCAAAGACGCCGUGGCUAAGGAACUGGGUCAAGACAAGGCCAAUCGGACGGUUUGGAUGCAGUGUGAUCUUAGUGACUGGCCUCGUGUCAAGGAGGUAGCCGAAACCAUCAAAAGUGACACCGACCGACUCGACAUCCUCGUCAACAACGCCGCGCGAGGCAUCAUGACGGCCGAGUUGACCCCGUACGGCGUUGACCGGCACAUGGCCGUCAAUCACAUGGGUCACGUCAUCCUGACUAGUUAUCUGCUGCCGUUGAUGAAACAGACAGGCAAGCAGGGCAACUUCGUCCGCAUCAGCAACCAGGCCAGUAACGUGCACAACAAGGUGCCCAGCGACACCAAGUUCGCCAGCCUCGACGAGAUCAACACAGACUUAGGACCGAACGAGCAGUAUGGGCGGAGUAAGCUGGCGGCGAUCCUGUACGCGCGGUAUUUCGACCGCAAGGUAACCAAGAAUGGGCACCCGAACGUGCUGAUGAAUGCCACGCACCCGGGGUUUGUGAGCACCAAGCAGAGCAGAACGGACAUCUUUGAGGCGUUUCCACUCGGCGGUUGGGCCAUGUCUCAUGGCCUCGAACCCUUCAAAAAAGACCAGUUCGAGGGCGCCGUCCCCACGGUCUUUUCUGUGACUAUGGCGGACAAAUCCGGCCAGUACAUCUGCGCGCCUGCCAUUCCAGAGGCGGGGAGUGAGCUGUCGCAAAGCGAGGAAUUGGCAGACAACUUGAUGGAGCUGACACGCAACGUGAUCAAGGACAAGAUGCGGAGUGAAUCUGCCGCGGAGGGGUCUCCGUUUGAUGAUCUUGUGCUGCACUGA